AUGACGCAGGAGGCUGUCCUCGCGAAAGCCGAGGCGCCGGACACCCGCCUCAUCUCACAGGACGCAAUGGCCGCCGCGAAGGAGCAGCUCGCGGAGGAAAAGCCGGUGCCCCACAUGGAGCCCGUCACGGGGCGCAUUCACUCGCUCGACUCCUUCAGCGCCAUCGACGGCCCGGGCCUGCGGUACAUGAUGUUCCUGCAGGGCUGCGGGAUGCGGUGCAAGUUCUGUUCGAACCCCGACACGUGGCUGCUGCACGAGGGCCUCGAGACGGACUCGGCGGCUAUCGGGGAGAAGAUCAAGUCCGUCGAGCCGUACCUGCGGCGCGGUGGCGGCGGCGUGACGCUGAGCGGCGGCGAGCCGCUCCUGCAGCCGCGCUUCGCGGCCGCCAUCCUGAAGGAGGCGCACGCGCUGGGGCUGCACACGGCGAUCGACACGACGGGGCAGGGCACGAAGCACCGGCACUGGGACGUGGUGCUGCCGCACGUGGACCUCGUCAUGCUGUGCACGAAGAGCCCGAAGCCCGACGUGUACGCCAGCCUCACGGGGCACGACCAGCGCGGCAUGCUGCGGUUCGCCAAGGAGGUGGCCGUGCGGGGCAUCCCGCUGUGGCUGCGCUACGUGAUGAUCCCGGGCAUGACGGACUCGGACUACGACGCGGAGUGGCUCAUCAAGUUCGCGCGCGCCCACCCUACCUUCGAGAAGGUGGACCUGCUGCCGUACCACAAGCUCGGCGUGAACAAGUGGGAGGCCAUGGGGAUGCCCUACCCGCUGGAGGGACAGCGCUCGCCCUCGCACGACGAGGCCAAGGCCUUCGCGCAGAAGCUCCGCGACGCCGGGCUGUCCGUGAUCGUGAACGCCUAG